GAUUACGCUUUUAGAUAUUAAGGCGUUUUGAGCCCCAGAUAAUUUAUAAGCCAAGACCACUAAACUCAUGUUUGUUUUAAUAAGAUUCUGGCCCAAAGGUUCAUAUUUUAAUAGAAACUACAAGUUGUUUGUUGUUGUUGCUGCUGUUUGUUUUUAGUUCCAGGACCAGGAGAAGACAGGGCAGUCCAGUUAUCUGUAAAAUCUUAAUGUGAUGGCUCAGGGUUAGGACCAUCUCUUGGUGACAUUGAGAUGGUUGAGCUGGUCAGCAACAAAUCUAUGCUGGGGGAACUUGGAAGUGCUGGCCGACUUGAUGGCCUCGAAAGCCUGUGCCCUGCGCACGCUGGCGUGGCGGUACUCCUGCUCCGCGGUCAUGUAAGGCAUGCUCAACCAGUAGUGGUUCUCCGCCUCGAUCUCCAGGCGACGGAUCAUGUUCUGCUUCGACAACAAAGACACCCUCCGCGGUCGCCGGUGCUUCCCGAUCCACUGACUUCCAGGAAUGCGAUUGCGGCAGAGAAGAGCAGUGAGGAACAUGGUUCCUGCGGAGGAGGGCACAUAGACAGAGGCGCUCGCUGGAGACCGCGGGGCUGGAGAAGGGAGAAGAGGGCUCGCGAUCCUGGCUCGACGCCACGCGCGACUCUAGCCCCGGCGCCCAAGAACGCACGCUGACCCCCUCCCCGCCUCCCAACAGGAACUACUGGCUAAAGUGGAGGAAGGGUCCUCCCCUCCCACCCGCCGAGCCCAUCGACUCACCUGCCACACUCCCAAGAACUUUGCGCCCCCCUCGCGCGGCUGAUGCGACUGUGGCAGGACGAUAGCCUCUCGGGGGUCCACCGGCACCUUCACGUGAUACUUCAGCUCUCGCGAGAGAGAACCCUUGCGCCUGCGCGGAACCAAGGACAUUUCCGGCCUACAGAUUCAAACUAGUGGCGGCUUGGUACGGAUCUGGAGCGUUGGUGUCUCUGCUGUUGCUUAGGUUCUUGCUCAUCUGCCCUCAUCCAUGGACCCGAUCCGGAGCUUUUUCGGCAAGUUGCGGACUCUGGCCAGCACCCUCGACUGCGAGACGGCCCGGCUGCAGCGAGCGCUGGACGGAGAGGAGAGCGACUUUGAUGAUUAUCCAAUGAGAAUUUUACAUGAUCUUCAUUCAGAAGUCCAGACUUUAAAGGAUGAUGUUAACAUUCUUCUUGAUAAAGCAAGAUUGGAAAGUCAAGAAAACAUUGAUUUCAUAAAGGCAACAAAAAUACUGAUGAAAAAAAAUUCAGGGGAUAUCAUAAAAAUAAGAGAGUUUUUCCAGAAGUAUGGAUAUAAUCCACGUGUCAAAGAAAAUUCAGAAUGUGAGCAAGAACUUACUGACUCUACCCAAGAGACGGCUAAGUGUGAAAAUUCUGAAAAGCCUGAUGUGAAGGAUGACAUGUCUGAUCCUUCUGUUCCAAGUGGUUCUGUUUCUGAGAAGCUUCCACGUAGUCCACAACUUUCAGAUUUUGGACUUGAGCGAUAUAUGAUAUCCCAAGUUUUACCAAAUCCUUCACAGGCUAUAAACAACCAUAAGGAAGAGCCUGAAAUUCAAACUCCACCUACUAGUCAGUCACUAGUUAAAAUACUAAAAACUCCAAAACAUACUCUAAAAAUGGAUGAUUUUGAGUGUAUAACUCCUAAGUUAGAACAUUUUGGUAUCUCUGAAUAUACUAUGUGUUUAAAUGAAGAUUACACAAUGGGACUUAAAAACAUGAAGAAUAUUAAAAGUGAGAAGACCAUAGAAAAAGAACCCAUGACCAAUGAUUUUUCUGUCACUCCUGGCCCCAUAACCCAGCAGCUGGAAAAAAGUGAUGUCACGUGUACCAGUUCCCCAUUGGCACCUACGUUCUGCACUCCUGGUUUGAAAAUUCCUUCCACAAAGAACAACACAGCUGUGGUGUCCACAAAUUAUCCAUUAUCAAAAACAGACAGUUCAUCAAAUGAUGUGGAAGUUAAAGAUUAUACUCCACUAGUUUUAAAUUCAGAUGAGUGCUUUGAGAAUUUUGUGGAUCCCUCUUCUCCUACAAUUUCUUCUUACGAGAAUCUGCUUAGAACACCUACACCCCCAGAAGUAACUGCAAUUCCAGAAGAUAUUCUCCAGAUUUUGUCAAAGUAUAACUCAAACCUAGCUACUCCAGUAGCAGUGAAGGCAGUGCCACCCAGGAGCAGUUUCCUCAAAUACGAAAGACAAAAUAUUCGAGAUGCCGGCAACAAAGAAAACUGGUGAAAGAACUCUAGUGGAUUUAUCCAUUUUAGAAACUGAACAAAAUGAGAUGGAAGCAGAGCUGGACUCACUUGGUUAAUUCUCAUCUUUCCUUUUUAAAAACUGCAAG